UAUAGUUUCCCUAACUUGUACAUUAACGACAAACUACAAACUUGACAUUGGCUAAUCAGUGUAAAGCCACUAGACGAGAGAAAUAAAAAACUCAUUACCGAAGCCAUAGUGUUUACAUACCUACUCUUUGAUCAAAGCCAAUCUUGAAUCGAAGCAGAAAAUAAGCUUUAAAAGUUUAAAAAUGCAAUGUUGUGUGCCUUUCUGCAAAAAUACUUCGGACAAUGUGUCCUCAUCACACGGGGAGGGGAAGGCGAUUAGCUUUCAUGGUUUCCCCAGUGAAGUGCAUCUCCGUGCUGAGUGGCUCCGAGCCCUCGGCAAGCAAGACACUCAGCCACCAGACUCUGCUGUGGUCUGCUCGCAGCAUUUCCUGAAUGACGACAUUUAUGAAACAGAAAGUGGCGUAAGGCAAAUUAGUACUGGUGCUAUUCCUGUAACAGUGCAGGUUUGCAUGAUCUGCCUAGACACUGACAGCAAGCUGUUCCUACUGAGCCAACUCAAACUGGAAGGAGCAUAUGAGAAGUUAACGGGACAUGCUUUGUGUGCUCAAGGAAACCUGAAACAAACACUUUGCAUACAAUGUGCUCAGAGAUUGAUAAGCUUUAGUAGAUUCAGAGACAAGAGCUUGAGAGCGCGUGCACUGAUGAUGGACUUAGUUGACAAACAUGAAUUAAUAACAAGACAACAUAUACAAAUGAUAAACCGCACAAAACUCCAACUGAAGAGUGAUUUGGUGUUGACAACACUAGGACCUGACCACUGUGACUUACACAUACUGGAACACCCCUCGGAAGACAAACAGACAGAAUUAGAGGAAACUGGACUCAGAGUUGCAGUGAAAGCUGAAGGAAGUGGGGAUGAUGAAGAGACUAUGUGUGUUGAUGAAGAUAUGGCAAUGAAGAGUGAAGAUGACAGGGAUAUCCAGGGUUUUGUUCGGGAUCCGUUAGAAUACGAAGGUUGUCCCUUGCAAUGUACACUUUGUUUGGAGGAAUUUGUCCAUGAACAUGCAUACAUGCAACAUGUGAGCAUGCAUCUCUGGAGCGGCGAGGCUGAGGCUGAGGGCGAGGCUGAGGGACAAUGCGGCACGUCACAGCGCGAGGCACACUCGUGGCGCGUCGCCGAGAGCAGGCGCGCCUGCGCACGCGCCGCGAGCGACGAGCGCAGUGAGCCGGCCACCGCGGAAGCCGAUACAGGCCACAGCUGCGGGCACAGAGGACUAACAGAUUGUUUUGUCAAACUGUACGACAUCUUCCCGAGACGAGACGGCUCGCCGACGAUGACACAGGAAGCUGUUACACAUAUCAGUCAUCGGGCGGCGAGUCCGAAUGGAGGCCCCACUACGGAAUAUGCAGUCCCCGGUGAAGAGAAGCUUACCGUGUCACAACCUGCGUACAUUUGUGACUCUUGUCAAAGAGUGUUCAAACGAAAAAGUCUGCUAGCAAAACACGUUCAGACUCACGCGCCACUGAAUACAUUUACUUGCAAGAUUUGCCAAUACGAAGCUAACGAUACAAAUCAUUUAAUUGUGCACAUGAGAACUCACACUGGUGAUCAACCAUUUAGUUGUGAAUUAUGUAAAUAUGAAUGUAACGGAAAUAGUGAUUUAGUUAAGCACAUGAGAACUCACACUGGUGAAAAACCAUAUCGUUGUAAAUUAUGUGCAUAUAAAUGUAACCGAAGUAAUGAUUUAGCGAGGCACAUGAGAACUCACACUGGUGAAAAACCAUAUCGUUGUAAAUUAUGCAAAUAUAAAUGUAAACGAAGUGAUGCUUUAGUGGUGCACAUGAGAACUCACACUGGUGAAAAACCAUAUUGUUGUGAAUUAUGCAAGAGUAAGUUCGUAUCAAAAUGUAAUUUAGUGUUGCACAUGAGAACUCACACUGGUGAAAAACCAUAUUUUUGUGAGUUAUGCAAGAGUAAGUUCGUAUCAAAACGUAAUUUAGUGUUGCACAUGAGAACUCACACUGGUGAAAAACCAUUUUGUUGUGAGUUAUGCAAGAGUAAGUUCAUAUCAAAACGUAAUAUAGUGUUGCACAUGAGAACUCACACUGGUGAAAAACCAUUUUGUUGUAAAUUAUGCAACUAUAAAAGCUCCCAAAAGAGUCCGUUAGUGGUGCACAUAAGAACUCACACUGGUGAAAAACCAUUUAGUUGUGAAAUAUGUAAAUAUAAAUGUAACCGAAAUAGUGAUUUAGUUCAGCACAUGAGAACUCACACUGGUGAAAAACCAUUUUGUUGUGAGUUAUGCAAGAGUAAGUUCAUAUCAAAACGUAAUUUAGUGUUGCACAUGAGAACUCACACUGCUGAAAAACCAUUUUGUUGUGAGUUAUGCAAGAGUAAGUUCAUAUCAAAACGUAAUUUAGUGUUGCACAUGAGAACUCACACUGGUGAAAAACCAUAUUGUUGUGAGUUAUGCAACUAUAAAAGCUCCCAAAAGAGGCGAUUAGUGGUGCACAUGAGAACUCACACUGGUGAAAAGUGAAAACUCAUAUAAUUGUGAGUAAUGCAAGAUUAAGUUCGUAUCGAAACGUAAUUUAGUGUCCCACAUGAGAACUCACACUGGUGAAAAACCAUAUUGUUGUAAAUUAUGCGAAUAUAAAAGCUCCCAAAAGAUUCACGAUUCUGUACUUAUACUAUGCUAUACUAGCGUGUAGUAUAUUACACUAACACUGAUUCACAAAAGAAGAAAUGAAAUGAUGCUGAGAUCGCAACCUGGAAAGGCCCGCGCCGCCGCCGCUCUUUACUCGCCGUAUACUUGGCAACGCUCUGAUGGGGCUUCGUGUUGUAAUAUUAUGAUUUUUUUAUUCUGUAAGACAUGAAUUCAAAUAAAGAAUAAAG